GCGCAGGGUUGUGAGAGGCUGUGUUUUGAAGGGGGCCUCGACUACGAAGCGAAGUCCAGCCGACUGUCUUUGGCACUGAUCACCAGUGCUCAUGUAUCGUAGACCUAUCAGGGAAUGUAUGUCUGAGUAAUCUCCCCUUUAAGAACCCACCGUGUCCUUUAGGGGCGUUCCUGCGAAAAACAGUGAUGUUGGGCUUUUUAGUCCGGGCGAUGGGGAGGGCUGGAAUGGUGAAAUCAUCAAGCCUAGUGAGACCUGUGGCGGUGACGAAGGUCCCAGGUCGCUACCUUGCACACCAGGAGAGUUUGCCCAAGCUACCCGUGCCACCUCUGCAACAGACAUGCGAGCGCUACCUAAGGGCGCUCGAGCCCAUCGUGGAAGAAGAAGACCUGCAACACACACGUCAACUCCUCGAAGAGUUUCAGACCGGAGGCGUCGGUGAAAGGUUGCAGAAAAGUCUUGAGCGCAAAGCCAGAAAGACUGAUAACUGGCUGUCAGACUGGUGGCUACAGGUAGCCUAUCUAGACUACCGGAUGCCUGUGAUUGUGCACUCCAGCCCUGGGGUCGUCCUGCCUCGCAUGGAGUUUAAUGACCGCCAGGGUCAGAUGAGGUUUGCUGCUAAACUUAUCUCAGGGGUCUUGGAUUUCAAGACAAUGAUUGACAAUGAAACCUUGCCAGUGGAGCACUUGGGAGGGCAGAAGUUAUGUAUGAACCAGUACUAUCGGGUCUUAUCGUCCUGCCGCAUCCCGGGACUCAAGAGCGACACAGUGGUGAACUACUCCCAAGACAGAAGGGCUCCGACACACGUCACAGUAGUACACAACUUCCAGUUUUUUGUGCUGGACGUGUACAACAGUGACGGCACGCCGCUGACGGUGGAUCAGAUUUACAUCCAGCUGGAGAAGAUCUGGAACUCCUCCCUGCAGACCAACAAAGAGCCCAUCGGGAUCCUGACCACACAGGACCGCAACACCUGGGGGAAAGCCUACAACAACCUCAUCAAAGACAGGGUCAACAAAGAGUCUGUGCGUGCCAUCCAGAAGAGCAUAUGUACGGUGUGUCUGGACGCACCCAUGCCUCGCGCCUCCGAUGACAUGUACCGCAGCCGGGCGGCUGUGCAGAUGCUCCACGGCGGAGGCAGUCGCUGGAACAGUGGGAACCGCUGGUUUGACAAGACCAUACAGUUCAUUAUAGGGGAGGACGGAUCUUGUGGUUUGAUCUAUGAGCACGCCCCAGCCGAAGGACCCCCAAUUGUCAAAUUAAUCGACCACGUAGUUGAAUACAUGGGGACGUCUGAAAUGGUGCGCACUCCAAUGGUACCCCUACCCAUGCCCAAGAAACUGCGCUUCAACAUCACACCAGAGAUUAAGAAGGACAUUGAGGAUGCCAAACAGAGCCUCAACAUAUUGGUACAUGACCUUGAUGUCCGUGUCAUUGUAUUCCCUCAUUUCGGGAAAAAUGUUCCGAAGUCGCACAAGAUGAGUCCAGAUGCCUUUAUUCAAGUGGCUCUCCAACUAGCCUAUUACAGGAUGUAUAAGGUGUGCUGUGCCACCUAUGAGAGUGCCUCUCUGCGGAUGUUCAGGCUGGGCCGCACUGAUACCAUCCGCUCGGCAACUAUUGACUCCGCUGCGUUUGCCAAGGCCAUGGACAGCCCUACUGUUCAAAACAUGGAGAAAGUGAAUCUGUUGGAGAAGGCAGUGAAAGCACAUAGGGCAUACACUGAUAUGGCUAUUCGAGGCCAGGCCAUCGACCGGCACCUGCUGGGACUGAAGCUGACGGCCAUCGAGGACCUCACCUCCCUGCCAGACAUCUUCAUGGACACGUCGUAUGCUAAGGCUCAGCACUACAAUCUCUCCACCAGCCAGGUACCGGCAAAGACAGACUGCGUGAUGUGUUUUGGCCCGGUGGUGCCCGACGGCUACGGCGUCUGCUACAACCCCAUGGACGAACACAUCAACUUCGCCGUGUCUGCCUUCAACAGCUGUGCGGAGACCGACGCCAGCAGGCUGGCCCAGAGCCUGGAACAGGCCCUUGUGGACAUACGAGACCUGCUGGAUCAGACACCCAAGGCCAAACUAUGAGGGACUCCUAUUGUGACGUGCCAGUGGAGAUCCAGGGCAGUGAUGGGCAGCCAUUCAUUAGUUACUAGUACAAUCCAGUGCCACAUAUUCUUCAUGACUUGGUUUUACCUGUCUGAAUAAUCACCUGGUUGAAUUGUACAGUUGCAAUCAAGUUAUUUGGAAUACGAUGCAGUGGAUUAUAACUAAUGAAUCCAAGUUGUUCAUAACUGAUCAAUGGAGGCUUUUUUUGCUUUUGUAGUUUUUUUGGUAAGCGAUGAUGAAUUGUUGUUGUUGUUUUUUUUAAUCAGUAGGCCCACCAGGCUUUCCAGAAUUCCUCGGAGUAAGUUGGCAACAUUUGUCCUCUGUCCUCCUCAUGUUUUUCUCAAAGCAAGACUGAGAAACCAAGCACUUCAUGUAAAGGGAUAUGAAUGCAGGGAUGUUUGGAUGUGUGUGUGUGUGUGUGUGUGUGUGUGUGUGUGUGUGUGUGUGUGUGUGUGUGUGUGUGUGUGUGUGUGUGUGUGUGUGUGUGUGUGUGUGUGUGUGUGUGUGUGUGUGUGUGUGUGUGUUUGCCAAGCUCCAUUUCAUGCCACUGACACUAUGCGAGGCAGACUUGUCCAAGCCUCAGGUUGCUGUUAUGAUCACAGUGUAACAUAGAAAAUACUAAUGCUUUGAAUGUGUACCAUGUCAAGAUAUUUAUGUAUGAUUGCAGUGCUGGAAUAGAUGUGGGCAUUGGGGAGUUUUUGUAACAUAUUAUUAUGUUUUUAACACAAUGAUGAUUAUUUUGUAAAUACAGAAUAUGUUCAUUUCAGAGCAGUGUUGUUUGAUGAUUUCCUUCCUUGUAAGUCAAGCAUUUUUUCACUGUUUGAUUACACAAAAGUAUGGCGGAAGUAAAACUGACUUUUGGCUUA